CGAAAGUGCGCCUACUCAAGCGUCCGUGUUGUUGCUAGCUGAACCAGUGGCUGAAGCUGAUGGCGGCCAGCAGGAGGCAUUGACUUCUUAUGUUUACAUGAAUGUUUCAGCACCUUCACGAGUUGACCAUGUGAUGCUGGGACCCAACUGGCUCACCAGAUGGUUUACUUCCACACUGUUGCUUGGAAACCGCAGCAGGGACACUUGUCAGCCUCGUGCAGCUGUCGCUGUGCCAGCACUUUUGCUACUGUCCUUGUGACAUGUGGAGGCCCCGCAGCAGCCCACACAGCAUUUGAAAGAGCUGCGAAGGCAACGAUGGGUAACCUGCUCUGCUGUGUCUGCAGGGACCACAAGUCAGGGGUAGAUGAUGGUGGCAGCACAGGUGGAAGGUAUGGCUUCCACCGAAGACAGAGUUCUCGUUCGCUUCCUAUUGAGGCUCAUGAUGGCACAAGUGAGCGGCGUCGGUCCAGCUCUGCUUUCAACUGGCAUGGCACGAGAGGCUCCCUUAGUGCACCUGCGACAAGCUAUGUGGAACAUCUCAUCCUUGAAACCCUUUCUAUCAUCCGGACCUUGGUUGACAAUGAGCAGGAGCCUCCACCCUUCAUGAUCAAGCUGCACCUGAUAGCUGACAAAGAAUCUGGCUGGCUUUUGGUUGUCCGAUCCAUGGUGAAUGCCAUUCCUAUGGAUGACCCCCUAGGCCCUGCUGUCAUUACUCUCAUCCUUGAUGAUUGUCCUCUACCAACUAAGGAAUCCGUGGGAAAGUUGUCGCAAAUGUUUCAACUCUCAAGAGAGCUGUCGCUGAGUGGCAGGAACAACCCAACGUGGCACCGAAACAUUUGUGUUGUUCUUGGGUGUAUUGCAGAGAAGCUUGCAGGACCAAGCAGUGUUGCACUUCUGACGGAAGAUACACUUGAAUACCUCAUCGCAAAUUUGGACCCCAUCACAUGCAACACACUUGUGAUCUUGUUCUCACUUAUUGCCUUGGAGAAAUUUGCUCAAACAAGUGAGAACAAAGUAACCCUGGAAAAGCGCCUGUCGAGCCUACCAGAGAACCCUCUAGCGAAAAUGGAGCCCUGGGUCAACAGUGAAGAUUUUGUGGAACGUCAGGUCGGCUUCUGCGCCCAGUGGUGCCUGGACAACCUCUUCAUACUUGAGGGACGUCGUUACACAUACGAGGUUACUGACCGAACUAACAUUAACGCCAUGCUCAACAGCAAUGAUGUCAGCGAGUAUCUGAAAAUCUCCUCAAAUGGUCUCGUGGCACGAUGUGACGCAUCAUCAUUUGAAAGUGUACGCUGCACCUUUCAAGUGGACUCUGGCGUCUGGUACUAUGAGGCCUUAAUUGUCACUUCAGGUGUAAUGCAAAUUGGCUGGGCCACCCGAGAAAGCAAGUUUCUUAAUCACGAGGGUUACGGAAUUGGUGAUGACGAGUUCUCAAUUGCUUAUGAUGGGUGCCGGCAACUUAUCUGGUACAAUGCGUUGAGCCAAAGCCAUAACCACCCUUGCUGGAAACCAGGUGACAUCCUGGGCACCUUGCUUGACAUGAAAGCAUUCCAGAUUACAUUUUACCUCAAUGGGGAGCCCCUGCCUCCAAACACUCAAGUCUUUCAGAAUGCGAAGUCCGGCUUCUUUGCUGCUGCCAGUUUCAUGACAUUUCAGCAGUGCGAGUUCAACUUUGGCCGCUCACCGUUCAAGUUUCCACCUAGUGGAGUUCAGUUCUCUUGCUUUAAUUCUUUUGCCCACCUGUCCGAGGAGGACAAAAUUAUUCUGCCUAGGCACAUUCGUAUGGAGAAGCUAAGGCACAGUAGUGUUCGUGAAGAUUCUUGCACCCUAUGUUUUGACCGCAGUGCUGCUGUCCGGCUGGAGCCUUGCCAACACAAGGGUUUCUGCAGUGAAUGUGCCAUGCAGCUGGAAGUGUGCCCCAUGUGCCGAAGUGAGAUCCGGGAACGAAUAGAAGCGUCUCUGUAGCUUCUAGACUACAAGCCUGCUGGCAGUGCUGCUUGGUUCAUGAGAUAUAAUGGCUACAAAUGCAGCCAUUGCAGAGUCCACAGGCUUUCAGCUGAUUGCUGGAGAAAUGUGGUAUAGUGUAGAAAAGAGUAUGGCAUGCAGAUUGGAAUGAAAAUGUGGGUUACUGAUACUUUUGAAGCUGUUCUGACUUUUGUUUCAUUCACUGUUAGUUUCUCUGCACUGAAGGGCUAGUGUGUUUUCAAUAAUGGGGACAUGCUUCCAUAUAUUUUCCCAUGCAUCUAUUGUAGGUAUUGAAUUAAAGAAAGAAAUGUGGCCCAGAGUUGUUUGAACAAAGUUAGUUCUGAUAGUGUCAAAUAAUUUCUGACAGGGCAUUUUCAGAAUUAUCUGAUGUUAUGACUGCAUUUUUGCUGGUAAAAUGUUAACAUUUAUUUGUGAUUGGUCUGGAAGACUGGGAUUAGCAACUGCUGCCAGUCACAGUUGAACUUUGUGAUGUUAUAUUUACUGUACGGUGGUGGCCCUGUGUCAGCACUACAAUGGUCAUUACAGCAUUACAUUGUGCACUAACGCAUUGCUUGCUGCUCUCAUUAGCAAUGACAUUUUUCUGUGCAUGUCACGGUUGCUGUGGUCAGAAUCACUGUGUCACAUCUUUUUUGUACCUUAGGAGUUGAAAACAAUUAUAUUGAACAAAACUUGGGCAAAGUAAACUGUGGUCUCUCAAAAGAGAAUGCUGACAUUGGAUAUAGCAUGCUGAAAGUUUCUGACGUCUACACGUAGUAGUAGACAUUGCUGAAAUACUAUGUUGCAAAAUCGAUGUACUGACCUCUUAAAAAUCACUCUAAUGUGUUUUUAAAGCAGGCAGUAAAAUCUAGUGACAAGAUUAAUAAAUAUAAGUGUUGGGCGCAAAUCUGUGCAGGAGAUGCAAAUCGACAAAGCAUCUGCCACGGUGGCUCAGGAUAUACAGCGUUCUGCUGCUGAGCACAAGGUCAUGGAUUCAAUUCCUGGCCAUGGUAGCUGUAUUUCAAUGGAGCAAAAUGCCAGAAUGCUUAUGUAUAGGUCCACAUGAAAGAACCCCAGGUGGUCGAAAUUAAUGCAGAGCCCUCCACUGCGGCGUCUCUGAUAACCAACUGUACAGUUUCUAGAUGUUAAACCACACAAUUUAAGUUUAAUUCUCAAAGCACAGCACAGGUGCACUGUGAACAAAGCUUUACAAUGACUAACAUCUGCAGAAAAUGUCCAGCUGCUUUAACCAUUUGCAAAGCAGUACUAUUUAGUCGGAAGUACCAUCUGUGACAGCUGUAGCUGAUGACAGAACAUACGAGGAGCACAUUGUUUACGAACUAAGCUUAAUUUUCUUAGGAAACAGGAGCACAUUGUUUACGAACUAAGUUUAAUUUUCUUAGGAAACUUCUGCAUUCUCAGCAUUUUUCGAAGAUUUUUGUAAGAAUCUCUCAGCAGUGUUCUUAUUCCUAAAACAUGGAUGCACAGCCAUAUACAGAAUAUUUUUUUUGCUUACAGUUAUGCAUGCAUUUUAGUUCAGUUUCAUCUGAACUGAAGACUUCUAAUAGAGGACACAGAACCAUCCCUAAUUAAAUUCAAAUGGGAGAUUGAACUGUAAGGAGCUAGACACAGCCAAGAGCAUAGGAUUGCCACCCGACUGUUUUUCCACCAGCACCAUCGGUUUUUCGCUCACUGUGCUGGCUGCCAGCUGGACCCACACAGCGGCAUGCCAUUUGCCAAUUUUUCAGUUCUCCAUAAGUUUGCACAUCAUAAGCUGCAUCACCAGCACUCUGUGAGGUGUUCUUAUAAAGCAGACAACUGAAUUGCAGAAAUCACAUUCAUUCCUAAUUCAUUAAACCUUUCAUUGUCAUGUUAUCAGAAGUUACAAGGCUGAACCGUGCAUCCUAUUGCUUUCUUUUGAGCUUUCUUCUAUGAGUCCAAGCAUGUCCCCUGCUUCUCUCCAUAAAUCUUCUCGGCGAUGACCUGCUUAUGAUGUCAGCUGGCUCGUCAGCAGCACUUAUUGCUAGGCUGUUCGCAGGCUAUAAUGUGCCUGAGAAUAAAUGAUUUUCAGUGACAACAUGAAGAUUUAAAAGUGUGCCAAAGUUUAUAUAAAGCCUUUCAAUAAGUUUUAUUCAUGCAAAAUUUCUACACAAUGUAUCGCCUGUUUAUUAUGUUUUCAUUUUGUUUGUAUUUUUACACAUCGUACUUUUCACAAAAAGAACACACACGACACCUCCCCUUCCCCUCUUGGUGCUCAUUUGAAGUGCAGCACCAACACUCUUGCUUUCAGUCCUUACUGAAUCAUCUAAGCAACAAGAUGCAAAAUCUUGGAUGUAUUAGGCCAUAGGUAUGGCAAUUAUUUGUAUAUUUUAUGCCAGAGUUAGUGAAGAGAGAAUUAUUUUAUUUUACGCAUGCUACACGCUACAUCUAUACUCCAUCUCACAACUACAUUGCAGCACUGCUGAAGGUACGAGGCGUACACAGGCAAUAUCCUUGCGCAGCGGUAUAUAGUUCCGGGCAUAACUGGCUACACUAGAGAAUGUUAUUUUUGCUUGCUACAUGAUAGGUACAGUGAUACGUGACAUGUUGGGACCUUUGCGCAUGCACGUCGUAUAUCGAGAAUUACUGUGGCAGUUGCCGCCAGUAACCGCAAUAGCCACCUUAACCGUGGCAACAUGGCAGCACCCUUACAGCGCCAACCACACACUUCGAUCCAAAGUCGUGCUUGUUACUGGCUCUCCGCCCUCUCAGCAAGAAAUAAGCAGCAAAAUCUAUCAUCGCUAAGUGUCAUCUCAAGCUGAGGUCAAAUCAUUAGGUAUGUUUUGUCGUAAUUAUUAAGAUCGGCUGUUUGUUUUCACGCUGCUAGGACUACAGACACGGAGCCAUAAAACUGGUUUGAUUUCUAGUUGGCAGAUGGUGCCACAGCAUUAGCAUUGGUGAUGCAUUGACACUAUAAUAUGUUCACUGCAUCAUUAAUUUACUCUCCUGCUCUAGCAUGAUACGUGAUGACAGUAGUGAUCAAAUGCUAAGUAGACGCUGAGCAGACGCUGUGGCGCAGGUGAACAUUUGUAAGGGCAUUUGCCCGUACUAGCUAAUGAGGCUGCAAGGUAACUGCAGAGAAAGCAUACAGGUAAAGCAAAGCCCUGCUGUUGCAUACAUGUAAAUGCAGCUUAUGGUUACGGAGUUAAAACAUUUUUUGCAUCAAUCCACCAACGAUGGAGCAUGUAACUGGAUGGUAAGCACACGCUGAGCAGACAAUGUGGCGUGGAUGAGCACAUCUCGAGGGGAAUUCAGCCUGCCUAUUGGCUAAGAAUUCGUGUAGCUUUCACACUGCUGCAACCAGCUUAUGAGAUAGUAUAGCUUGCGAAGUACUUCAACAGAGCACCGCCAAGUUGGCACCGUGCUCUUGUCACACGGUCUCUAUAACUGCCAUUUCAACAUGAAAAUUGCUUCAGCUAGAUGAGACACAUUUUGACUGUCAUGAAUGUUGCAUGAAGAUAAACAGCUAAAAAAUUUUGCAGCAAAUCAUUUUUCAUGGUUGCUAAAACAAACAAACACAGCUACUAUACAACCUACUUGUGUCCGAACAGCUUUUGAAAGGAAAUGUGUAAAUCAUUUUUGCAUUACCGUUCCAUCUUUUGAUCUAAUGUUUCGCGGGUGUGCCAUCACUAUUAGGCUGUCCAUGUAGCUCUCCAAAGGAAUUGAAGCUUGUUUUUUCGCUGGAAAAGACUAGGUUUUUUCUGUUUUGAGCUCUGCUUUGAUUGUAUAGUUUUUCCUUUAGCAAACUAUGGUUCUUACAAAUGUGUGCAGCAUAGCUGUAAACAGUAACUUUUGGGGCUUCGAAAAGAAUUGAUUUUAUGUGAUUCCUGGGGAUUAAGUAAAUCAAUCAUUGGAAAGUUAGUUGUUACAUGGACAUUAUAGCUGAACAUCAGUUCAUUUUUGGCACUAGUGGUUUGUAUCACUAGCACUUACAAUAGGAGCUGUACAAUAACACUUUGAAAGCACUUUUUGUGUAACAUGUCAUGUUGGAAAAGAUAGUUGGAAAAAGAUAUUUCGAGUUUGCUUAAAGGCGUAAAGACAUAAAAAAAAUUCCUGCUUUCCCCUUGUGUGUGUGUGUUUUUUUUUUAUAAUAUCAUUAUUAUUAUUAUUAAUUUUUUCUAACAAAGCGGACAUGGCCACUAUCAUGGAGCAUGAUGUGGAAAUUCCUUUGCCCAUUUUUCCCACUCACCUGCAUUUCAAAGCUGCACCACAGCAUGCUGAACAGCUCAUGCCUAAAUUCGGUGGCAAUUGUACUUUAAAGAACAUUGCUAUCUUUAUCCACAUGGCCAUCUCCUUUCCAAACCACAAUGUAUGCAUAUUGUUUUAAUUUAAAUCAAAUAGUAGCAAAGUCUUGUACCAAAGCAAAGACUUCAGCCCUCUCAUUCAUCGGAGUUGUUUGUGGACGUUGCAGCCCAUUUUUCUUUUGAUCAACUGGGAUAGAGAGGGAGAGAGAAAAAAAAGGUAUAGGAAAGACAGGGAGGUUAACCAGAGGUUUUCUCCGGUUGGCUACCCUGUACCAGGGGAGGGGUAAAGGGAUGCGAAAGGAGAGAGAGAUCAACUGGGAAAAGACAAAGCCAUCUAUGCAGGUGAAACCAAGUGUUUGUUGUUAGCAGCCACCUGAAGAAACCUUCAGUAUUUUUUUGUGUUUUUCUGAAAUAAUUAGUGCUUAUUAGCUUUCUAAUGGUUAACUUUGCAGCCACUAUUUGAAUACUAGGGUUCUAGAGCACAUUAGGAAACAUCAAUUUCAUUUGUUUGCAGUGCACUAUCUUUAGCAAAGCUUUUUAUUGCAAUAAGCAAUUGUACGGAAAAGCCAGCCACACUCACAAUGUCCGAUUGCAUUUGGUGUAAACCGAGGUAUGAUUCAGUUUAUAUUCUAUAUGCUUUCUGAAAGAAAGAUGAUACAGCAUUGAAUUGUAUUACAUGCAAGCCCCACGGUUUCUAUUUGUAUUAAUUUUAGACUAGAAUGCAAGAACUAUCAUCCAUUCCAAGAUGCGGCUCAAUGUUGGCUCAUUGUAAUGUACAGUUGCCACUCUCACAGCCAUGGUGUAACAGGCAGAGCACUGGCGAUUUUUCAUUUGGCAGAAAAGCUUCUGGUGUUUGGCACAUCUGAAACAAUGUCAAGAUUUUGUAAGUGCGUGUGUGGCGAUUUCUGCACAUGUAUGCAAUGUGCAUGCAUUGUUGUGUAUGUGAAACACUGCGAACUAAAACCCUUUUUUUAUUAAUUGCAUUGUUUGUAUAUUGUGCAAUGGAGGCACAUCCUUUGCAUUAGAAUUUUCAAAUCUGGUCAAACUGUGGCAGGAAUGGUCUGAGUUUCUGGCACUGUUAUUGGCUUGGAUCUGGUAGAUGUUGGAGAAAAAACACUUGAGAAUUUUUUCACUCUGCUACAUCGUUAUCACUUCACAGCUCUGCAAUGUCUCAGUAAACUUAUGAGCUACUUGAAAAGUGCUAAGCCAGGCCCAUCACCUAUAAUGAGGCAAAACAAAGGCAAAUGUUUAUUUGAGAGCAGUGGCUUAAUGAUAAAUGCUGCCAGAACAUGUAGAAGCCCUAGUCAGACUUCUACCCAAUUAAUUUAGCCACUCCAUUGAAACUCCCCGCCCACAUAGGAGUCACCCCCCCCCCCCCCCUCUUCCUUUUUUUUUUUUUUUUUUUGCUCCCUUAGGAAAUGUUUUCAUAUCUCUCCUGCCAGUCUUUAUGCCACUUGUAGUUAUAGCCUGUCAUGUCCAGUAUAAGUUGAUAGCUUGGUACCAGCUGCAUAUUUUGAUAUACUUUGUGCCAGAAUAUAUAAAAUGUGGGGAAGCUGACCAGAAGGGAGUGCUCCACUCCCUUCUGUCAUUGCUAUGAGUUGACUUCUCGUAGCAGUAUAUUCAAUCACAUAUAGUGGCAGCUAUUGCUUGGUGGCACUGGCUGCACUGCCUGACAUGUAUCUUGUGCUGUGCAAGCAGUGUGGCUUCUAUACUUUAUAGCAAGUGGCCUGCUUUGUGACCGUGUUGAAUAUUAGUAACUUCAAACAUUGUCAGGCACAGAGAACAAUGGCUAUUGUGUUUGAAUAGUAUCUAUAUCAUUGGUCUUUUAUGCAAUUCAUUGCUCAGGGUUGCAGGUUCAAGGGUGAUGAUAAGUCUGUGUGUUUUGAUUGGUUAUAGAAUUUGUAUGUUUGAAUAGCAAGAAACCUGUUGAAUGCACUUUUUUUUUUUUUUUUUCAAGUUGUGCAACAGUUGUGUCCCAUGAUAUAGAGUGAGCCUGUGGUGAGUGUUAUUCUGACCACACAUUAUGCAAGUGAUUUGACCACUUGUAACUGAAUUAGCUGGCAGCUUCUACUUAUGUCGGUGAUAUCCAAGUAUGCAUGAUCAGUAGAACAUCUGCAACUGGACUGUUCAGCACUAUUAGUAAACAGGGUCAACUAUAAAAAGAUGGCUCAUCUUGCCCUUUCCAACAUGCAUGCAACAUUUAAUAUUUGGUGCCAAGCAAGAUGCUCCUUUUCAUUCUAGAGCCAAGAAAAACACCUGUAGUACUACUGAGUGUUUGUUACAGUACCAUGUUGCCUUGCAUGCCAGGCAAUGCCAGCAUUCUCAGUAUGUCAUACAAAAAUAAUAAUAAUAAUAAAAGAGACAGCUGGAAUAACUGCAGUAAUUGGUUCCAUUGUGCCGAUGUCUACUACUUGUGGAAUCCAUUGUUCAGUGGCCAGUCUAGUUGAGCAGUGCUUUAGAAAAUACGAAAAAGACAACUAAAGCACCCAGAACUGUUAAGGUAGCUGAACAGUUUGGCAUCAUGCUUUUUGUAGGCAAUAAGGCAACGCAGCAGCAACUGUCACAUCAUUGCACAGUUGUCUGUGACCACUAGGUAAAGCCCAUUUAAUGCGAAUGUGGCAGUGCCAUUUGACACUUCAUAGCAGAAAUUCACAUUUUUUCACACUAGAAUUAAGUUUUUCAGUAAAUGUUUUUUGUUUGUACCACACAUUACAAGGCUUUCUUACCGACCAUUACUGCUUUGCUCAAUUAAUGUCUCAGCAUUUGCCUAUUGACAUUGUCAUGUAACCUGCUACUGUCCCUCUUAAUGUUUCAUGCACUUUGUCAUUGAAUCUGGGACAGAGUGACCAGAAAGGUGCUAAGAAUUCGUUUGUCACCAAAAAUAUUUUCUGCACAACUGGUUUUGCUUUAAGGAUCUAACAGUUCAUGUAUCAUUGUGCACACACAGAUAACACAAGGGUAACCAAAGGGUGAAGAGGAGGAUGGGCCAAUGCUGGGCUAUUCUCUUCUUCACCUUCUGUCUUCAUGUUUCCUGCUAGUUUUAUUUGUGUUUGUUUCACCUUGUGUCUUCAUGUUUCCUUCUAGUUUUAUUUGUGUGGUUGUUCACCAGCAUGUCUAGCUCUUCACCCUGUUGUAUCGUCAUGUACACUUGUGACUAUUGCAGCAACACAUAUUUGCUGGUGGGAUGUUGAUGUUACAGUCAGGUUUGCUCAGCUAAAAUGGUUCCCUCAAAAAUAUUUUCAGAUGAUGAUGAUGGCUUAAGUGCUUAAAGGGACCUUCAUAACAAAAAGAAAGAAUGUCGAUAUUCUAAUUUAACACUUUCAUUAUUACACUGUAAUAGCCACACUAUAAAAUUAUAAAGGACUAUAUACUAUGAGACAUUGAUAAGCAGUUCCGGCAAGUGGAAGUAUGUUGCAUGAUCCACCAAACAAUAUUAAUUGCAUCUUCAGGUACAAAUUUAGUUCAGCUAACCCUUAUACCCAAAGGUGUUGCAAGUUAUUGACAGUUUUAUUUAGGCCUUAAGUUACCACAGCAGCUAACAAAAGCACCAGAUGCCCAGAGUGGCUGUUUGUUGCGCAUUCUUAUUUCUCUUGUGAAGCCGGGCGCCAGAGACAUCCAUGUGAGAGAACACUAACAGUCGUGUAUCUAGUGAUGGAUAGGGAGUGCAAAAGUGCAGGGCUUUGACUGAGCAACACACAAGGUAUGCAAUGGAGUGUAGCUUUUCUGUUUUUACACUGUUGUUUGGCUAGGCCCUGUGUCAUCACAUUAUAUGUCACUUCUGGAAAAUGCAUAAGGAAUCAUAUUUUCUCUUUCACGUAUAUUACCUUUGUUUGGAGGAUGGCCCAAUUAGCAAUAUCUUGAGGUUUAUUAGAGCCCAUAUACUGAAGCUGGUUGCCGUCUUGAACAAUGCAUGCCCUAAAUGCAGUCCACCAAAAAAUGAGGCAUAUGUAUCAUCUGUCAAAAGCCAUAAAGGUAAUACUACCUGUCAUUUCCUAGUUAUGUCUAUGGUUUUACAUCUUCAGAAUGCCACAGAAGAUAGACCAAUUUGCAAGAUUGGCAAAAGGUAUCAAGCUUCAAUUACUGCUUGUAAGUACUUUUGUGAAAUGCUUCCAUUUGUUUGCCAUGUAUCCGUUAGAAUACUUAUGUGUGUGCAUGUGUUUUUGGGCCCUCUGCUUUUCAACUUUGCACAACAAAUUGUAAACAAGCAUUUUGGCUUAAAAAACAUCUCAGCUUGUGUAAAGGCCCAAAAUUUUGGCAGCAAGGAGAAGGAGAAAAUACUUCUUUUGGGAUGCAUUAGUUUGCCAUUUCCUCAGUGUCAGUACCCUGAAAACAGACAGGGCAGUUCAUUUAGCAUUGGCACAAAAAGCAUGAAUUUUGUUGUGUUAAGUUUUUGGCUUGUGAAACUAUGUUUUGAGAGAUAAAUCCAUUUGUGCAACAUGAAUGGUGCUUAAAGCAAUGUAACUGGCAUGUUAAAUAAGACUUUUAACACCUCACUACUAUGGUAUGGUGUGCUGUCCCACCACUGCACAAUGUCAUACCGGUUGCAUUAAUAAGCGAUCAUAUAUUGUUUGUUUUGUAUGGAGCAGGUAAUGUUGUCAGUAAGCAUAUUUGUUUGCUGAUAAUCACUUUUCUACGGUCAAGCUACAGCCAGUGUGACAAGGCCUUUAGACAUACUAAGGCUGGUAGUAUGUUGUAUGACGAAGUAUGACAACAGAAUGUUGGAUGACAAAGCCUUCUAGACAGACUGCUCAUUGAGUGUAAGAAAUGCUUGCGCUUACCUCUGCAGUGCUGCAAUGAGGAAUGUUCCUGUCGUGUAUGCUUAUAUUGACAUGUUUUUGGAUAUUUUGUGCUCAUGCGCAGGAGAGUUUGUGAAUUGAUGUCCCAAAGCUUGCUCUGCAAGCACUUUCAGCUCUAAAUUAUCUCGCAAUUAUUUAUUUUUAUCUUCCCAAUUCUGAACUUAAGAGAUCUGGCAAUAUUAGAUGGCUCUGCCCUUUAGGUAAGCAUGAAUAAUCUCUCAUGAAGAAGCUGUGCUGGCUCAAGCUGUAUUCAUAUGAAAUACUUUGUCAGUGCUGCCUCCUUUCUUGCCAAGAAUUGUUAUGGAGACGAGUAUGUUGUCACUAUUUCAACUGUCACUACUGCUUGUCCAUGUAAAUUGCACUGACUUAUUGCACAGGGUUUUCAUUGGAUGUUUCCGUUGUAUCCCAGCGGCAUGUAGGUCACCUGUACAGGAUCUAGUCACCUUUCCUUUUUUUUUUCCCCUUCCUUUCUCCAGCUAAAGAAAUAUACAUUCAAAUAUUUUUAAUUUUCUAGCCUUGCUUGCAAGGCUACUUGAGUCAUGUAAAUAUGGAGCUUGUCGUAUAUCGUACAUCAUAUGUACCAGUUGAUUAAAAGUGCUGUUCACCAAGUGAAA